AUGGCUUCACAACAAGAAAUCCUUUCACUUGUGGUUGAUUACCUUGAACGUAAUGAAUUCACUUCAAUUACAAAGAAAUUAAAGAAAGAAAUUGAAAAAAAAAAUGUUAAUUUAGUUCAACCAGAAGGUAAAUUAGAAGAACUUUUACAAAAAAUUGAAGAAUCAAAAGAAACUGGAAAAUCUGAAGAAUCCUCAGAUUCAGAUUCAGGUUCAGAAUCAGAUGAUGAAUCAAGUUCAAGUUCUGAAAGUGAAUCUUCAGAUUCAGACUCAGAUUCAGAUUCAGACGCUGAAGAAGAAGCUAAAGAAGAACCAAAGAAGAUUGAAGAAAAGAAAGAAAGUUCAGAUUCAUCAUCAUCAGAUUCAGAAUCUGGUUCAAGUUCAAGCUCUUCAGACUCAGACUCAUCAUCAUCCUCAUCAUCCUCAUCCUCAGAUUCAGAUUCAAGUUCAUCAGAAUCAGAAACUGAAACCAAAGCCGCUGAAAAAUUAGAAUCAAAAUCAUCAUCAUCAUCAGAUUCAUCAUCCUCAGACUCAAGCUCAAGCUCCUCAGAUUCAGACUCAUCAUCAUCCUCAGACAGUGAUUCAUCCUCAUCAGAUUCUGAAGAAGAAAAGAAAGAAACAAGUAAGAAAAGAGCUCGUUCAGAUUCAGAAUCCUCAUCUUCAUCUUCAUCAUCAGACUCAUCCUCAGAUUCAGAUUCAGACUCUUCAUCAUCAUCAGAAGAUGAAUCAUCAAAAAAAUCAAAUAAGAAACAAAAAAUUGAAGAAAAACCAGAACCAAGUUCAGGUACAGCUUCAUUAUCGAGUCGUGAAAAUUCAAUCCCAGCUUUCCAAGAACCAGAAUUAAAACCAGGUCAACGUAAACAUUUCUCAAGAAUAGAUAGAUCAAAAAUCUCAUUUGAAGGUGAAGCUUUACAAGAUAAUACUUAUAAAGGUGCUGCUGGUACUUGGGGUGAAAAAGCUAAUGAAAAAUUAGGUAUGGUUAGAGGUAAAGAUUUCACAAAGGGUAAAAAUAAAAUGAAAAGAGGUUCUUAUAAAGGUGGUUCCAUCACUAUGGCUUCAGGUUCUUAUAAAUUCACUGAUUAA